AUGCUGCCGCGCUCCCACUCGCACCCGGCGCGGCGGCGCUCCGGCCUCGGCCCGCAGCUCUGCGCCGUCGCCGCGGCGCUGCUCCUGCUCCUCUCCCUCGCCGUCCUCCACUCCCGCCUCUCCUCCUCCUCGCCCUUCCCCCUCUCCUCCUCGUCCCGCUCCCCCGCCACCGACUCCGCCACCACCAACUCCACCGCUCUCCUCGCGGACGACGACGACGACCCCGUGCCCGCCGCGCUCGACCCCGACCUCACCCUCGCCGCUGUGACCACAGCUGCCGCCACCGAGGGCGCCGCGGCUACCAACCCCGACGACGACCGCAUCGACGAGCUCGACGUGCUCGACGAGGACGACUCCUCCGCCAUCACCGACGCGGCCGACGACGUGCCCGCCUCCGCCACCGCCGCGUCCUUCCUCUGGGACCACGCCGCCGGCGUCGCCCGCCUCCCCUUCCGCCUCCCCCCCGCUGGCGACCCCCCGCCCGCGGGGUUCCCCCACUUGGACUCCCCGCGUCGGAUCGCCGCCGCCGCCUUUGGAUCCGACGACGAGCCUGUGGAUCUGGACCUGCGGGUGGAGAUCUCGUCCAUCAGCGGCAUUGAGGACGCGCUGCUCCUCAAGCCCGCCUCCGGCCGUAGCGAGACGCGGCUCCGCUCUGGUUGGGCGCGGUGGCUGGAGGGGAAGGCGGACUACCUCCGGCGCGAUCGGAUGCUCAGGUCCAACUUGGAGUUCCUCAAUCCUCGCAACCACCCUCUGCUCCAGGACCCGGACAGUCCUGGUCUGACUUCACUCACCCGUGGCGACCGCAUGGUGCAGCGGAUGCUCAUCUCAGAAAUUGAGAAAGACUCAUCCAAGAAUUUUGCCCGGCAGAGCCUCAAGUCGUCCGACAAUGAGCAUGGAAUAGGAGCCAUUCUGAAGGAGGAGCCGGAAGAAGUUAGGAGGUGGGGACACUUUCCAGGAAUUGAUCCACAUUUGGGGUUCUCAGAGUUCAUGGAAAGGUUCUUUGAGCAUGGCAAGUGCUCCAUGAGGGUGUUCAUGGUAUGGAACAGCCCUCAGUGGGCGUAUGGUGUUCGGCACCAGCGUGGGCUCGAGAGCUUGCUCCUGCAGCAUCCUGAUGCCUGUGUGGUCAUGCUGUCGGAGACCCUGGAGCUGGAGGCCUUCCAUGAGUUUGUGAAGGAAGGACACAAGGUUGCAGUUGCAGUGCCAAAUCUUGAUGAACUUUUGGAGGGCACACCAACCCACAUUUUUGCAUCGGUGUGGUAUGAAUGGCGGAAAACAGUAAAUUACCCCUUGCAUUACAGUGAGCUAGUACGCCUUGCUGCUCUUUACAGAUAUGGUGGUAUAUACCUUGACUCUGAUAUUAUUGUACUCAAACCAUUGAAAUCCCUCCGAAAUUCUAUUGGUACUGUAAAAGAAGUUUCUAGAGGUUCCAGUUUCAGUGGUGCUGUAUUGGCAUUUGAAAAACAGAGCCCAUUUUUGCUCGAGUGCCUGAAGGAAUGGUAUUCAACAUAUGAUGAUACUCUCAUGCAGUGGAAUGGUGCUGAACUUAUGACAAGAGUAAUAAGAAAUCAUUCUGACAGUGAUCCAAAUAGGGAGCACCUUGAGAUACAGUUGGAACCCUCAUUUACAUUCUACCCCAUAAAUUCUACGGAUAUCAAUAGGUACUUCUCUGAACCAAACAGUACGGCUGAAAGAGCACAACAUGAUGCUCUGUUUUCCAGGAUUCUGAACUACUCUACCACUUUCCACUUCUGGAACAGCAUUACAUCUUCUCUGGUUCCUGAAUCCAACAGUCUUGUUGAGAGAAUUCUUAACCAUUACUGUCUCCAUUGCCUUGAUGUUCUAUAG